AUGGUUUCGCCGAAAAAUUCCAGCAGCCUCCCAAUCCGGCCGGCAUCGACAUCCCCCACCCCGACAUCCCCCACUUCGCCUACGCCCGCAGGAUCGCCAGUGAAAGCGUCCCGAAUCCCACUCCCAGAACUCAGGGAAGCUCUAGAAAAUACAAUCCGCCAACGAGAGAUUGGAUACGCGUGCAUCACGGCGAUGAUCCUUUUGUGGUCUGACGACGAUACCGGGGCAAACAAAGAUGCGAACCGACUGCAGAAAACGCUCCUGGACGUCUUUAGCAUUUCUGCGGAGAUUUUGGAGGUGGACAGUACCGUCAAUCCGUCUGUCAUCGCCAAUAACUUCAUCUCAAACAAAUUUGUGAACGUGCAUAUCGCUCACAACCCGGAUCAAACCUUGAUGAUAUUCGCGUAUAUCGGUCACGCCGACAUUGUGUGGAAUAAGGAGUUAAGAAAAUCCCAACUGGUAUUUACAUCGACCAAGAGUGACAAGGUUAUCGAGUGGGAGAAGCUGCGACAUACACUCAUGGACGAAUACGUUGAUAUAUUUGGUAUCCUUGAUUGCUGUUUUUCCGGCCUCAAGGUUCCCCCAACCGGAUUGAAACAGACUACACAGAUCUUGGCCGCGUGUGGACCCAACGAAAGGGCGCGCUCCCGUCAGUCUCGAGUGACAUUGACUCAGCGACUCUGCGGCAAGAUUGAACGGGUAGCUAAAUACUCAGAGACCGCUAUCCGGCCUGACGUUUUAUUCGAGCAAUUAAGAGCCCACACAACUAGAGACUCCCCCACACCGCGCAUUAUCCAGUAUGGGGGAACGCGACCUAUCGUACUCAGGAUCAACCCACACAAGGCUCAAGCGACCUCGCCAUCCCGUAUUCCCCGGCCUGUUCCCCCGAACCGCACUGAACAACAAAAUGUCGUGGUUAAGUUGAUACUGACCGGUCCUGAGGAGAAUGCCAUCACUGAGUUUCUGAAGAUGAUCAACGAGCUCCCAGAGCCAUUCAAAAUCAAACUUAUCGAUGCCUUCAAAACGGACAGGUCAGUCCUCGUCUUGGCUCGGAUGACUUGGCAGACGUGGGCAAGUCUUUCAACCGCGCUCGUCAUCCCCCCGAUUGGAGUUGCUAUAGGCGAGUCCCUCAUCCGCCAGCCAGCCCCCGAGAUGCGCCACCGUGAUGAAAAUAUCCCUUUUAGUGCGCGUGGAUCUAGCAAAUAA